GACAUCACCCUACAGCAGUUCAGGCUGUGGUUCGCAGGAAGCAUACAUUGGCUUUUUGAUUCGUGCUAGUUCCCAGCUCACAGUUUAGGAGGAUCUAACACCAGCCUUCACGUGAAGGGGGAACCAAGGACAGUGAGGAGCUGGGUGGUCCCAGCUUUGGAGCCCUGCCAGCUGGACAUGGGAAUUUUCCCGACCCCCAGAACCCUGCAGAUGUUGCUGGGAAAGUGGUGAUCCAGGCAGAACGAGGCUGCCCCCACGGGACAGAGAAAUGGAGGCAAACGACCAUUUUAACUUUACUGGCCUUCCCCCUGCACCUGCUGCCUCAGGACUGAAACCCUCUCCCUCCUCAGGGGAGGGCCUCUACACUAACGGGUCUCCCAUGAACUUCCCCCAGCAAGGGAAAAGUUUGAAUGGGGAUGUGAAUGUUAAUGGCUUAUCUACUGUAUCUCACACUACUACUUCAGGGAUUUUGAAUUCUGCUCCCCACUCCUCCAGCACCUCACACCUCCAUCACCCCAGCGUGGCCUACGACUGUCUCUGGAACUACUCACAGUACCCAUCUGCCAAUCCUGGCAACAACCUCAAGGACCCACCCCUUCUCUCCCAGUUCUCGGGGGGACAAUAUCCACUCAACGGCAUCCUUGGGGGCAGCCGGCAACCUUCAUCCCCAAGUCACAACACUAACCUUCGGGCUGGGAGCCAAGAGUUCUGGGCCAACGGUACCCAGAGUCCCAUGGGGCUUAACUUCGAUUCACAGGAACUGUAUGAUUCCUUUCCUGACCAGAAUUUUGAGGUGAUGCCCAAUGGACCCCCUAGUUUUUUCACCUCCCCACAGACUUCUCCUAUGUUGGGAUCCAGCAUCCAGACCUUUGCACCCUCCCAGGAGGUAGGCAGUGGUAUCCAUCCUGAUGAGGCGGCAGAAAAGGAGCUGACAUCAGUUGUGGCAGAGAAUGGCACUGGCUUGGUAGGCAGCCUGGAGCUGGAAGAAGAGCAGCCAGAACUGAAGAUAUGUGGCUACAAUGGCUCUGUCCCUUCUGUGGAAUCAUUACACCAAGAGGUCUCAGUCUUGGUCCCUGACCCCACAGUGAGCUGCUUAGAUGAUCCUUCACAUCUUCCUGAUCAACUGGAAGACACUCCAAUCCUCAGUGAAGUCUCUCUGGAGCCCUUCAACCCCCUGGCACCAGAGCCAGUAAGUGGAGGACUCUAUGGUAUAGAUGACACGGAGCUGAUGGGUGCGGAGGACAAGCUGCCUCUUGAGGACAGCCCUGUGAUUUCUGCCCUUGAUUGCCCUUCCCUCAAUAAUGCCACUGCCUUCAGUCUCCUGGCAGAUGACAGUCAAACAUCAGCCUCUAUCUUUGCCAGCCCAACCUCUCCACCUGUCCUUGGAGAGUCUGUCCUGCAAGAUAAUAGCUUUGACCUGAAUAAUGGUAGUGAUGCAGAACAGGAAGAAAUGGAGACUCAGGCUUCAGACUUCCCACCACCUCUCACCCAGCCAACCUCUGACCAGUCAUCCACUAUUCAGCUCCAUCCAGCAACUUCACCAGCAGUCCCGUCAACAGCCUCCCCAGCAAUCUCCCUGGCAGUUUCGCCAGCAGCCUCCCUGGAAAUCUCUCCAGAAGUCUCCCCAGCAGUUUCUCCAGCAGUCUCGGAAAUUUCCCCAGUCAUCUCCCCAGCAGCCUUCCCAGCUGUCUCUCCAACUUCCUCAGCAGCUCUCCCACCAGUCUCCUCAGAAGUCUCCUUGACAGGCUCCCCAGUGACCUCCCCAAAAGUGUCCCCUGCAGUUUCCCCAGUAUCUGUCCUCCCAGCAGCCUCCUUAGCAGAUAAGGAUGUCCGCACCUUCCCUGAAACCACCACUGACCUGGAAGAGAUCACUGGAGAAGGAGUCACUACUUCUGGUAAUGGUGAUGUCCUGAGGAGACGUAUUGCUACCCCAGAAGAAGUUCGUCUUCCCCUCCAACAUGGGUGGCGGAGAGAGGUGCGCAUCAAGAAGGGCAGCCACCGAUGGCAGGGGGAGACAUGGUAUUAUGGUCCCUGUGGGAAGAGGAUGAAACAGUUUCCAGAAGUGAUCAAGUACCUGAGCCGCAACGUGGUACACAAUGUCCGUCGUGAGCACUUCAGUUUCAGUCCCCGUAUGCCUGUUGGAGAUUUCUUUGAAGAGAGAGACACGCCAGAGGGCUUGCAGUGGGUACAGCUUUCAGCAGAGGAGAUCCCAUCCAGGAUUCAGGCAAUUACCGGGAAACGGGGCCGACCUCGAAAUACUGAGAAGGCCAAGACUAAGGAAGUCCCCAAGGUGAAACGGGGACGAGGUCGGCCACCCAAGGUUAAAAUCGCUGAGCUGCUGAAUAAGACAGAUAACCGCCUCCUAAAGAAACUGGAGGCCCAAGAAACACUGAAUGAGGAGGAUAAAGCAAAGAUGAGUAAAAUCAAGAAGAAGAUGAAGCAGAAGGUACGAGGAGAAUGUCAGUCUCCUAUCCAAGGGCAGGCCAGAAACAAGCGGAAACAAGAGACCAAGAGCUUAAAGCAGAAGGAAGCUAAGAAGAAAUCCAAGGCUGAGAAGGAGAAGGUAAAGACAAAGCAGGAAAAACUGAAGGAAAAAGUGAAAAGGGAGAAGAAGGAGAAAGUAAAAAUGAAGGAAAAGGAGGAAGUGGCCAAAGGCAAGUCAGCCUGUAAAGCUGAUAAAACGCUGGCCAUGCAGAGGCGAUUGGAGGAGCGGCAGAGGCAACAGAUGAUCUUGGAGGAGAUGAAGAAGCCCACGGAGGACAUGUGUCUGACUGAUCACCAGCCCCUACCUGACUUCUCCCGCAUCCCUGGUCUGAUCCUGCCCAGUGGGGCCUUCUCAGACUGCUUGACCAUCGUGGAAUUCCUGCAUAGCUUUGGCAAGGUGCUAGGCUUUGACCCUGCCAAAGAUGUACCCAGCCUGGGGGUCCUGCAGGAGGGACUCCUGUGUCAAGGCGACAGCCUGGGUGAGGUGCAGGAUCUGCUGGUGCGGCUCCUGAAGGCUGCGCUCUAUGAUCCCGGCCUGCCCUCUUACUGUCAGUCCUUAAAGAUCUUGGGGGAGAAGGUGUCCGAGAUCCCACUGACAAGAGACAAUGUGUCUGAGAUCCUGCGCUGCUUCCUCAUGGCAUAUGGAGUGGAGCCUGCCCUCUGUGACAGCCUGCGCACCCAGCCUUUUCAGGCCCAGCCCCCGCAACAGAAAGCUGCUGUCUUGGCCUUCCUUGUGCAUGAGCUCAAUGGCUCGACCCUCAUCAUCAAUGAGAUCGACAAGACUCUGGAGAGUAUGUCCAGCUACAGGAAAAACAAGUGGAUUGUUGAAGGCCGGCUCCGGAGACUAAAAACUGCUCUGGCCAAGCGAACUGGGCGGCCUGAGGUAGAGAUGCAAGGGCCAGAGGAGGGCCUGGGGCGGAGGCGUAGCUCUCGCAUCAUGGAGGAGACCAGUGGUAUGGAAGAAGACGACGAGGAAGAGACUGUAGCAACUGUCCAUGGCCGUAGGGGUCGAAGAGAUGGAGAGGUUGAUGCCGGAGCAUCAAGCAUCCCAGAGCUAGAGCGCCAGAUAGAAAAACUGAGCAAGCGUCAGCUCUUCUUUCGAAAAAAGCUACUUCACUCAUCCCAGAUGCUUCGGGCAGUCUCCUUGGGUCAGGACCGCUACAGACGCCGCUACUGGGUGUUGCCCUAUUUGGCUGGUAUCUUUGUGGAAGGAGCAGAGGAGAGCUUAGUUCCUGAGGAUGUGAUUAAGCAGGAAACGGACUCCUUAAAAGUGACAGCCCAUCCAGCACCCAGCCCAGCCCCCUUCUCCCUGAAGAAGGAGUUAGGUGGCUCCGGAACCUCUGCCAGUACUCCUGCCCGGGCCCGAGGCCGACCUCGGAAAACUAAGCCUGGGUCUCUGCAACCUAGGCACCUGAAAUCCCCUGGCCAGGGCCAGGGUUCUGAACAGCCCAGUGCCCAGCUUCAGCCUGAGAUUCAGCCCCAUCCUCAACUUCAGGCUCAGCCCCAGCUCCAGCCUCAACCCCAGCUUCAGCUUCAUCCUCAGCCCCAAAAUGGGUUUCUGGAGCCAGAAGGCUCCCACUUGUCCCUGGGUCAGAGCCAGCAUGACCUUAGCCAGUCAGCUUUCCUGUCUUGGCUGAGCCAGACUCAGAGCCAUGGCUCCCUGCUGAGCAGCUCAGUCCUCACACCUGACAGCAGCCCUGGAAAACUGGACCCAACCCCAUCACAGCCCUUGGAGGAGCCAGAGCCUAAUGAGGGAGAGCCCAUCCCUGAUUCUCAAGCUCCCUGGUUUAGUUUAGCCCAGAUACCUUGCAAUGCUGCCCCUACACCACCCCCAGCAGUUUCUGAGGACCAGCCUACUCUCUCCCCUCAGCAACCUGCCUCCUCCAAGCCAAUGAGUCGACCCAGUGCGGCCAAUCCCUGUUCUCCAGUACAGCUCUCUUCUACCCCCUUGCCUGGGAUGGCCUCUAAGAGGCGAACAGGAGACCCUGGGGGCACAUCACAGAGUCUCACAGGGGCAGGACAGCCAAAACGGAGAGGGAGACCCCCCAGUAAGUUCUUCAAACAGAUGGAACAGCGUUAUCUAACCCAGCUGACAGCCCAGCCUGUCCCCCCUGAGAUGUGCUCUGGCUGGUGGUGCAUCCAAGAUCCUGAGACCCUGGAUGCUACCCUCAAGGCCCUGCACCCCCGAGGCAUCCGAGAAAAGGCACUUCACAAACACCUCAACAAGCACAGGGACUUCUUACAGGAAGUCUGCCUACGGCCUUCCACUGACCCCAUCUUUGAGCCUAGUCAGCUACCUGCCUUUCAAGAGGGGAUUAUGAGCUGGUCCCCCAAAGAGAAGACCUAUGAGACAGACCUGGCUGUGCUUCAGUGGGUAGAGGAGCUGGAACAACGGGUUAUCCUCUCUGAUCUGCAGAUUCGGGGCUGGACAUGUCCCAGCCCAGACUCUACUCGUGAAGACUUGGCCUACUGUGAGCAUCUGCCUGACUCCCAGGAGGAUAUCACCUGGCGAGGUCGAGGUAGGGAAGGACUGGCACCCCAGCGUAAAAGCACCAACCCGCUGGACCUGGCCGUGAUGCGCCUGGCUGCUCUGGAGCAGAAUGUGGAGCGGCGGUAUCUGCGGGAGCCCCUCUGGCCAGCUCAUGAGGUCGUGCUGGAGAAGGCCUUGCUCAGCACGCCCAGUGGUGCCCCACAGUGCACCACUACAGAGAUAUCCUAUGAGAUCACUCCUCGAAUUCGGGCCUGGCGCCAGACGCUUGAGCGGUGCCGGAGUGCAGCGCAGGUGUGCUUGUGCCUAGGCCAGCUGGAGAGGUCCAUUGCCUGGGAGAAGUCGGUCAACAAAGUGACCUGUCUCGUCUGCCGGAAGGGUGACAAUGAUGAGUUUCUUCUGCUUUGUGAUGGAUGUGACCGUGGCUGCCACAUUUACUGCCAUCGGCCCAAGAUGGAGGCUGUCCCAGAAGGAGAUUGGUUCUGUGCAGUAUGUUUGGCGCAGCAGGUAGAAGGAGGAUUCACUCAGAAGCCUGGUUUCCCAAAACGAGGCCAGAAGCGGAAAAACAGUUACGAGCUGAACUUCCCAGAGGGUGAUGGCCGCCGACGCCGGGUACUCUCCAGGGGCCGAGAGAGCCCAGCAGUGCCUCGGUACUCAGAAGAAGGGCUGUCCCCCUCGAAGCGGCGGCGAUUUUCCAUGCGGAACCACCACAGUGAUCUCACUUUUUGCGAGAUUAUCUUGAUGGAGAUGGAGUCCCAUGACGCAGCCUGGCCAUUCCUGGAGCCCGUGAACCCACGUUUGGUGAGCGGGUACCGGCGCAUCAUCAAAAACCCAAUGGAUUUUUCCACCAUGCGGGAGCGGCUGCUCCGGGGAGGGUACACCAGCUCGGAAGAGUUUGCAGCGGAUGCACUCCUGGUCUUUGACAACUGCCAGACCUUCAAUGAGGAUGACUCAGAAGUGGGCAAGGCCGGGCACAUUAUGCGCCGCUUCUUCGAGAGCCGCUGGGAGGAGUUUUAUCAGGGAAAGCAGGCCAAUCUGUGAGGCAAGGGAGGUGGGGAGUCACCUCGUGGCAUCUCCCCCUGCCCUCCAAACAAAAAACCCUGCCGUUCUCACCUGCUGAUGCUGCCCUGGGUCCAGACUCAAGUCAGAGAUCUCAGCCUGAUUUUUGACCUUACCCUUGGCAGCGCCCUACAUCCUCUUCUCCCUACCGAUACCCCUCUUUCCCUUUCCUCUUCUUGCUCCUCAAAUAAGAGGGGCAGAGAUGAGGUCCUUCUGGACUGAAAGCCAAAAAAAGAAAGAAAGAAAGAAUUUUUCCUUUCUGUUUUAUUUCCUAAUUUAAAAUGAUGAGGAGGAAAGAAGUCCCUGCUUACUUACUCCUCCCAGCUUCUUCUCCUUCCCUGUACGUGCCCCAGCAUUCUGGGGCUAUUUAACAAUAGCAAUAGUUCUAGUGAAUGUGUGAAACCGAGAAACACUCUGUACUGUGUGUGGACCCGCAGUGACGGCCAGUAAAGUGGACUUAACUCCCAAGUGUGUCGAGCCGGACACCGGGCCCUGAACAUGCUGCUUCCAUGUUCAGUCCCUUCCCUGCUUCUCACUUUCUCAAUUUUUCCUUUCCCCUCCUCUCCCUACUUUUAAGAUUUUCUCUCCUCCAAUAAUGUAAAACUAUCGUGUACGGGUUCCUCUACCCUUUUCUCUCCCCCCAGAUCUUUUUUCCCCUCAAAGGAAAAAGAAGUUCAGAAGUCCCUGUCUUUCUUUCUGUCCUCAUCUUCUGCCAAUAUCUAUCCCUCUGUAAUGUUGGAUACUCCUCGCAUGCUGAGUUUCUAGCCUUUUUUUGAAACUCAGUAGCUAGGGAGAGGGCAGGGAGGCACCCUGGACCCUGGGCCUUCCAGCCUCCUUCCCCACUCUUACCUAAACCUCCCUCUUGGGAACUCCUCAGGGACAACUACUGCUGAGUUUGGGCGCACUCCCAAGAUGGAGGCCAGGUAGCAAUCAGCUGGCCUCAGAGAGAGGUGUGUGUGUGUGUGUGUGUGUGUGUGUGUGUGUCUGUGUCUGUGUCUGUGUCUGUGUGUGUCUGUUGGGGGGGAGAGUGUGUGUGAGGGAGUGGGAGAUGGGGAGGGAGGGAGGGAGGAUGCUGUGAUUGUGCCCCUGUGCUGUUUGAUGGCAUCCAGUGUCCCCAGGUAUCUGUUUUUAUCCCCACCUUCCCUAGUGUUUCAAACCGUCACAUUUUUGUCCUUGGGAAACCACAGGAGCAGUUUUUCUGGGUACAAGGCUCUGUCUCCUCUCUCCCAGGCAUUUCUGUUCCAGCCUCUUCAAACUGUGCAAUCUUUCAGCAGGAACUCCCUCUCCUUUCAAUGGCUUUGAGUCUUAAGCUUUUGUAGGGAGAGGGGUAGAACUGGAUCUUUUCCUAAUCCCAUGAGCUUCUGUGGGUUUAGUUGUGCUUUUCUUCCCUUACCUACUUCAUACCCGGGACCCUUCCCCAGAAGCAGCAGAGACCCCCAGAGCACAAGAGAGUAGAGAAGAGGGGUUCUGGGUCCACCACUGCCCUACAUGUGACUAUGCCCAAGUUAAGCCCCAGCAUGUGAGAGGAAAGCUGCUAACUCCCAGCUACAGCCAUGGGCCCCUGCCCCCCUGCUUUCCUGCUCAGCAGAGCCCCUCCCAUCAGAGAUUACGGGUACUUGCACUGGGGAGGUGGCUGCUGGCCGGCCCAAGCAGAGAGCUGAGGCGUCCAAGAAAUGUUCCAUUGGUUGGGGGGGGGGGGGAGGUGGGUGCCAGGCUAGGUGGAGCAUUCCUUGUACUUCUGGCAGCACUGGAUAGCCACUGAGGGGGGUGGGGGGCGGUGUGGGGAGGUCCUGGGGCAGCCCCUCUCUUAUUCCUUUAUGCCCCCCCUUCUCUCCCAUGGCCUAUUUCUAAAGUCGCCUUUUCUGUCAGAUAAACCUCAAAACUUUUAAUUUUAUUUGUUUUUGUUUUUUGGGUUUUUGUUUUUGUUUUGUUUUUUGCUUUUAAGAGGUGGAUUGAAGAAUAUUUGAAUUGACUUUAUAUUAUGCAUAAAUAUUUAUAUUUUAUCUAAAUAACUGCGCUGUAACAAAGUUUGUGUUAGUCAAACGUUUGGAACUGUUAUAGUUGGGGGCUCUUCUUUUUUCCCCAUGGCAGUUUUCCCUGGUAUAAAAUGUACUAGAUUAAUUUUAUUGUUGGAGGUGGGGUGGACGGGGGAGUGAAAUCUCCAUGUUCCUUCUUUGUGUUCCUCUCCCAGCUCCAUCUCUUUUCCCUAGGGACCAGGCACUCUUAAGGUGGGGUGGAGUCCUAGCCUCAGUCUGAAGAAGUUGGGGCUUAAUGGGGGGUGGGGGUAGGGCAUGAUCAAAGGGGCCAUUUCUCAUAUUUCUUUCUUCAUCUUCGCCGCCCCUUGAGCUAGGUGGAUUUUCUCUUCUUGACAAAUAAGAGUAUUUGGUAGGGAAGGCAGGUUAAAAAAUAAUAAAACCCACCCCCUGCCCUUUUGUUUCCCCUCCCUCUAUCAGUCUGGUAACAGGAAGAAACCACACCAUCAACACCAACAAGUUUCCAUGUUCCUUUUACAAGAAAAGGGACUUGACUUUUUAUAUAACCAAAUGUGGUGUUUUAGUGACUUUUUGAUAAUGUACAGUUUUUUGUGAAUUUAAAUUUAUUUCUUUCUAUAUUUUAGGACCAUCUCAUUUUAAUAAGGUUUAAAAAAGAAAAAAAAAAGGUCUAGAGGAAAAAAAACUCGUUUUUGCCAUGUGAUGUUCCACAAGUGCAGCUGUAGAAAAGUGCUUGUCAGUUGAAAUAAAAACCACAUUUGAUAGAGA